UCGUGCCGCGAAGUUGUCCUUAGCACAGCGCAUUUGUUGCAGUCGCGACCGAAUAAUUGGCUUCACAGCAGUUAAAAUUCGUAGUGAAAAGUGAACUCCACCCGGAAAAAGGACUCACCAAAGAGCCACCAAAGAGUACAAGUGCAAUUAAAAGGAUUUAACUCCAAAAGGAAAGGGAGUAUCGGAGGAGUUCCAAAUCAAAUUUGCGUUAAAGCUGAAGUUGGAGCUGAACUGCCAAUAAAAAGACUGAACCGAACUGAAGACACCAACCGAGGACCAAAACGAGGAAAUGUUUUAGGAGAAAACAGCUGCAGCAUUGCGAUAAGGGAAGCGCCGCAGUAACCCUCAUCAUUAACUUGAACAUCGGCCAAACGAAGUCGCAAUGUUUCUGCCCGUGAAAUCAAAUCAUUCCGGCGAGGCGAGUGGCAACAACGAGGAUGUCACCACCACCAGCAACAAUUCCACACAAACGCCCAGCGAUCUGAGCCCACCGGGACCCAAUGAGGAGGUCCUUCCCCAGGCGCACCACCAGAAUCCGGGACACUGCAUCGCCUCCUUCGCAGCCAUCAACCAGAUGAGGAAUAAUGCACAGCUCUGCGAUGUUCGCCUGGAAGUCGGAGGCGACACCAUCAACGCCCACCGAGUGGUCCUGGCCUCCGUGUCGCCCUAUUUCUAUGCGAUGUUCAACGACGACAUGUUGGAGCGCACCCAGGGAUUGGUCCGCCUGCACGACGUGGACAGCUUGGCGCUGAGGCAGCUGAUCGACUACACCUACACCGGCGAGAUCACGAUCACCGAGCAGAAUGUGCAGGUGCUGCUGCCCGCCUCCGGACUGCUGCAGAUGCACUCGGUGCGGGAUGCGUGCUGCAAGUUCCUGCUGCGCCAGCUGCAUCCCUCCAACUGCCUGGGCAUUCGCAGCUUUGCGGACGCGCACUCCUGCAAGGAGCUGCACACGCGGUCCCACAAGUACGCCCUGCAGAACUUCCAGCAGGUGGUGGGCACCGAGGAGUUCCUGCUGCUGCCCUUCGAGGAGGUCCGCGAGCUGAUCUCCAACAGCCAGCUGAACAUCAGCUCCGAGGAGCGCGUCUUCGCCGCCGUCAUCAAUUGGGUGAAGCACGAUCUGCCCGCCCGAAGACUCCACAUUGCCGAGCUGAUGUCGAAUGUCCGCCUUCCGCUGGUCAGCCGGGAUUUCCUCAUGAGCUGCGUGGAAACGGAGACCCUGAUGCGCGACGACUCCGAGUGCAAGGAGCUGCUGCUGGAGGCCAUGAAGUACCACCUGCUGCCGGAGCAGCGCAGCAUAAUGGGCAGCCAGAGGACCCAGGAGCGUCGGCCGGAGGGCAUGAAGCCCUACGUGUUUGCGGUGGGAGGAGGCAGCCUGUUCGCCAUCCACAACGAGUGCGAGGUGUACAAUCCGCGCUCCAACUCCUGGAGUCCAGUGGCUCCCAUGUUGUGGCGACGAUCGCGAUCGGGAGUGACUGCCCUGCAUAAGCAGCUAUAUGUUGUCGGUGGCUACGAUGGAGUAAGUGAUUUGGCCACGGCGGAGAGCUACAAUCCGCUGACCAACAAGUGGAGCAACAUCACCCCGAUGGGCACGAAACGCAGCUGCCUGGGCAUCUGCUCCUAUGAUGCGUUGAUCUACGUUUGCGGUGGCUACGAUGGCGCCUCCUGUUUGAGCAGCAUGGAGCGAUACGAUCCCCUCACCGGAAUCUGGAGCUCCUGUCCGGCGAUGAGCACGCGGAGAAGGUACUGCCGGCUGGCCGUGCUGGAGAACUGCAUCUACAGCCUGGGUGGCUUCGAUUCCACCAACUACCAGUCGAGCGUGGAGCGGUUCGAUCCGCGAGUGGGUCGCUGGCAACCGGUGCCCAGCAUGACAGCACGCAGGAGCAGCUGUGGCGUGGCCUCCACCGAUGGCCAUCUGUACUGCAUUGGCGGCAAUGAUGGCACCAUGUGCAUGUCCAGCGGAGAGCGGUUCAACCUGCGCAGGAACAGCUGGGAACCCAUCGCAGCCAUGCACUCCAGAAGAUCCACCCACGAAGUGGUUGAGGUGGAGGGCGCUCUGUUUGCCCUGGGAGGAAAUGAUGGCAGCUCCUCGCUGAACUCCGUGGAGCGUUAUGAUCCCCGGCUGAACAAGUGGAAUGUGGUCAAUGCAAUGGUGGCUCGUCGCAGCUCCGUCGGCGCUGCUGUGCUGGAGUGCUUCCACCUUGAGCGCGGAUUGGUCCAGACGACGAACUUAUGACCCUUGGCCAGCAUAACCGAGUCCUUCGCCGCAGCUGCAGCGAACGGCGCUACUAAUGGCAGUAGCUCCAUCAAUGGAAUUGUACCGGGAGGCCAGGUGCCUCCCUCAGCGGGAGCAGGAGGAACCCUCACCGUUCCCAGUCGAGCGGAGGCGGCUGCCUUCACGGCCAACAUUGCGCUGAGCAGUUCGGCUCCCUCGGCGAGCUCCACACUGCGUCGCCAUCGACGGGAUACUCCGGGGUUGGCCGAGAGCCGGCGGGCCAACAGCAAUGCCAGCAGCAGUGGCAGCGAGAGCGGCAGCAGCAGUGGAUCCGGGGUAGGAGGAGGAGGGGGAAAGCCACCGGCGACGGCCUGAUCCUGGUCCAUGUCGCGUCGCUUCUAAGCCACCUUACAAAUUAACACUUACAUACAAAGCUAACCCCACGCGCCUAAUGCAGGAAUUUGAUUGUUCGAGUUCGUUAUGGAUAGAUAUAGGAAUAUUUAUACGACUGGGAGGAGGAGGAGGCCCCAAGGCGGUGGUUCGAUUGCUCAACCAAGGAUGACCAUCGGAGUGGAUGCAAGCCCAUAAUACACACACACACACUAACACACAUAUGUUUCUAGUCAAGAUCUCUCUCUCACACACACACACACUGUUCAUGGGAAUGCCGCGGGGGGCGAGGACGGAACUCCUGGAGAAGCAACCUAAUCUGCCUACAAUUUACAUACAUAAACCUCUAUACACUUAAAUUAUAUACUGUAUACACUCUUAUGUACUAUUCUUAUGUAUUUUAUACACGCAAUUAAAACGAUAAGUAUGUGUUUCGUAACCGGA